AUGCAGACAGAUACGCACAAAUCAGAAAGCGAAGUAGAAGAUGAAGAGGAAAAUAAAAAUGAAAUCGCAUACCUGAUUCGUCGGCUUGAAGAAGCAUCGGACGUUAUCUGGAAAGUAAGGUUCUUGUAUUCGUUUUCUUCUCAUCGCCUUUUACUGUGUGUGUUUGUUUGUUUGAAACAAAAUCGGAGAGGAGACGAACGAAUUAAGCGUAGUGAUGCGAGAUUGAGACGAAGCGAGAAUCAGUUGAAUACCGCGGUCGCGUGUUGCAUAAGAAAACGAAGAAGAGAAGACGGUGUUCACGGAAGCAGAGAGAGAUGGCGGCACGGCUGCGAAGUUGAGGAAGAAAGACGGGAACAUUGA